AUACCUUUUUAAAAAAUUCAAACUUAGCAAUAGACCCGGAAGUGAAACUUGAAUUGAACGUUGUCCGUCUUUAAUAGUUCCUCUUUUCAUGGUUCCAUCGGAACAGGGGCUGCUGGCUCCCCUCUUCCACAGCCAAGAUGGAGCCUCGUCAUGGGAUCAUGAAAGCUUUCCCCAAAGUUAAAAGGGCGAGAGUGCUACAGGGAAAGGAUGCACCUCCACUGAAGAAGAUGCCUGACGAGUGUGAUGUCACAGGAAACACAUUUAAUGGAGUCACCGUGUACCUUCUGCCUGCUGGAAUAGGAAGUGCCAGAUGUCAGAUCUUCCAAAAACAAAUCCAGCAAAAUGGAGGAAAGAUAGAGAGUUCACUAUGUCCCAGUGUCACGCAUGUUAUUGUGGAUGACAACAUGGACGUAGGCAGGGUCCUGCGCUUGCUGAAAGUGGAUUGUAUGCCCUCUGGAGUCCAACUGGUGAAAUGCACUUGGUUGAGUUUGUGCAUCAGUGAGAAACAGCUGCUGGAUGUAGACAGCUACAGCCUUCUUUUACCCAAGAGGGAUGCUGAAACAAAGCCUGAAAGUAUUAAAGGAGAUCCGUUAAAUAUGAAACUUGCCGCAGAAAGUUUUUCAGAGCCAGUGACUGAUCAGACCAAACGAGAGGAGACCAUAGACAUGACACAGACAAUCCCAGAAAACAAGGAAGAAAGUAGAGGCGAAGAAGACGGCGUCUCUCAGAGUGACUUAGAAGCACUCAUCACUGGCCAGCACCCCAAAGAGGAUACUCCUGGAACCAGCCUUCUCCCUGGUCCGGACACGACUACUCAGAACCUGAUCGCUGGGAAGUGGGUCUGUGCCCAGUCCUCUCAGUCCAAAAGUAAUAAUUUCAACAAGCAUAUCACUGACAAACUUGAAGUGCUGGCCAAGGCUUACACACAUCAGGGGGACAAGUGGAGGGCGCUGGGCUACUCCAAGGCUGUCAAUGCACUGAAGAGCUACCACAAACCUGUCACGUCAUAUCAGGAAGCUUGUCAGAUUCCAGGAAUCGGAAAAAGCAUGGCGGACAAGAUUGAUGAAAUUAUGGAAAGCGGUCACUUGCGGAAGCUAGAUCAUAUCGGCGAGGCUGUACCAGUGCUGGAGCUUUUCACCAACAUCUGGGGGGCAGGAGCGAAGACUGCACAGCAGUGGUACCAACAGGGAUUUCGUACCUUGGAGGACAUCCGCACAAAAGCCCAGCUGAACAACACUCAGAAAAUAGGACUCAAGCACUACGAAGACUUACUUGACAGAAUGCCCAGAGAAGAAGCUGCAGCCAUAGAGAAAGUGGUCAGAGAAGCUGCACAAGCCAUAGACCCAGGCCUGGUUUCAAUGGCGUGUGGCUCUUACCGUCGUGGAAAGGCCACGUGUGGGGAUGUUGACGUCCUGAUAUCUCACCCUGACGGAAAGUCACACAAGGGCAUUUUCAGCAAAGUGUUGCAAAGCCUCCAUGACAGCGGAUUUUUGACAGAUGACUUGGUGAGCCACGAGGAAAAUGGAGAGCAGAAGAAAUACAUGGGCGUGUGCCGUUUGCCAGGACCCGGCCAGCGCCAUCGCAGGCUGGACAUCAUCGUGGUGCCCCAUAAUGAGUUGGCCUGUGCUCUCGUGUAUUUCACCGGGUCAGCACACUUCAACCGUUCGUUGAGAGCCCUGGCAAAGACGAAGAAAAUGAGCUUGUCGGAGCACUCGCUCAACAAAGAUGUGGUGCGUCAGGGUAACGUUAAGGUGUUCGCCGGCACUCCGCUUCCCACACCGACAGAGAAGGAUGUUUUUAGUCUUUUAGGGGUACCAUACCGACAGCCCAAUGAAAGGGACUGGUGACCCUGUCUGGUUUUAUAGAAAAAAUAAUCAUGGUGAAUACAAAUGUUAAAACUGGAGUUAUACUCAAUCAGUCACAGAGGUUUUACUGUGCCACUAAUCACGCGUCUACACCUAUAUGACUUGAAUGCUAAUUUUCUAUUUUUGUCGAUUAAAGGACUGGGAUCACUUGAAGUCAAAAACUACUUUGGUAACACCUCUAAUACUAUGACAACAAAUGGAAUUUGGCUCUAUGGCUGCUGGAUUUGAAAUAUGUCUAUUAUUAUUUUAUAAGGACAGAAAUGAAAAGCAUUUUUAAACAUUAACUGUCUUUAAAUGAGGAAAUUCAACUUGAAAGAACCAUCCAAGACCGCUUUGUCAGAUGACCUGGUGAGCCAAGAGGAGAAUGGAGGCCAGAAUAAAUACGAGUCAGCUGGCUCUUUAAAGACAUUUUAACAUAAGGGAAUGUGAUGAUUUAAAUGUAUUAUAAGAAAGGUGAUGAACGAUAAAUACUAAUAAAAGGCAAUACAUAA